AUGCUGUCAGGAACUACCCCUACUAUGCAGUAUCUUUAUUCUUUGUUGCGAAAAACAGUAGACCCCCCUUUGAUUAUAUUUGUCGUAUCAACCAGCUUGGUCGAACAAAGACCCUAUUCGUUGAUUAAGGAUCGAAUUGCUUCUAUCCCUUAUUACAAGACUUUCGCUGAAUUUUUGGAUGUUAUGGAUACCAAUCCUGAAGAAGGCGAGAACAAACAGAAGAGGAUAAACAUAUUGUUGACCGAACCCAGAGAAAGGCCUGAUGCUGAAGGAAUAAACACAUUCAAGCUUUUGUCUACCAAUUUACAACAUCCCCAGACAAAAUCAAGGGCAGAAAAGAUUAUUCCCUUGUUGCCAUAUAUGGAAUGUCGGGAAAAUAUUCAUACCGCUGGUCAGUUCAAUGCAGAGCUAGCCGACGAAGGCAGACUCUCAAAGAGAAAAACGAUGGAAUUGAAUGCUUCGAAACGUCGUCGCAUCUCCGAUUUGGAUGGUACAGAGCGUGAUAUCUUAAGACCCAUGGUGUAUCCUCAUGAUCCUGAAGACACAUACCUUACCUGGUUCUACCGGAUAAUAAAAGCACUACGAGAUUAA